GACUGUCGCUUUCUGAUGACGUAUCCGAUUCCGGUUUUACCAUGGCAGCGGCUACCUCUGCUAACUGAAAGACAAAAUGUCGUUUUUAUAGCAGUUUCAGCGGCUACAAAUCUAGUGAAACAACACAUCUCCCACAAUGACGAACAGGACGUCGUAUUUCUAUGACCCUGACGUAGGGAACUUCCAUUACGGUGCUGGUCAUCCUAUGAAGCCUCACCGAUUGUCCCUGACUCACAGCUUGGUACUGCACUAUGGACUCUAUAAGAAAAUGAUGGUGUUUAAACCAUACAAAGCAUCACAGCACGACAUGUGUCGCUUCCAUUCUGAAGACUACAUUGACUUCUUGCAGAAGGUCAGCCCCAACAACAUGCAGGGCUUCACCAAGAGCCUCAACACUUUCAAUGUAGGAGAUGACUGUCCAGUCUUUCCAGGUCUUUUUGAGUUCUGCUCCAGAUAUACGGGAGCCUCGUUGCAGGGCGCCACACAACUCAAUCACAAGAUUUGUGACAUUGCCAUCAACUGGGCUGGAGGAUUACACCAUGCCAAAAAGUUCGAGGCGUCGGGAUUUUGUUACGUCAACGACAUAGUCAUCAGUAUACUGGAGCUUCUAAAAUACCACCCCAGGGUUCUGUACAUCGACAUAGACAUUCACCACGGCGACGGCGUGCAAGAAGCCUUCUACCUUACCGACCGUGUCAUGACCGUGUCCUUCCACAAAUAUGGCAAUUACUUUUUCCCUGGCACAGGUGACAUGUAUGAGGUCGGAGCGGAGAGCGGCCGCUACUACUGCCUCAAUGUCCCUCUCAGGGACGGCAUUGAUGACCAGAGUUACAGGCAGCUUUUCCAGCCAGUUAUUAAGCAGGUGGUGGAUUUCUAUCAGCCUACUUGCAUUGUUCUACAGUGUGGAGCAGACUCUCUGGGCUGUGACAGGUUGGGCUGCUUCAACCUCAGCAUACGAGGACACGGCGAGUGCGUAGAGUUUGUCAAGAGCUUCAAAAUUCCUCUGUUGGUCCUGGGAGGAGGCGGAUACACAGUCCGGAAUGUGGCUCGAUGCUGGACCUUUGAGACGUCUCUGUUAUUGGAUGAGUCUAUCAGCGACGAGCUGCCUUACAGUGAGUAUUUUGAGUACUUUGCUCCAGACUUCACGCUGCAUCCUGAUGUCAGCACCAGAAUAGAAAACCAGAACUCGCGACAGUAUUUGGAGCAGAUCCGUCAGACGGUGUUUGAAAACUUGAAGAUGCUGAACCACGCACCCAGUGUUCAGAUCCACGACGUGCCCUCGGACAUGCUGAGCUACGAACGCACUGAUGAACCAGAUCCGGAUGAGAGAGGCGGCGAAGAAAACUACACAAGGCCGGAAGCAACCAACGAGUUCUACGACGGUGAUCAUGACAACGAUAAAGAAAGCGAUGUGGAAAUUUGACCUGUGAGAAGGACUUGAACAAUUUCGAACCAGCUGCUGGCUUCCUGCCCUUUUCUUUUUAUUAGGUCACUGACAAUUAUGAUGGACACACAGAGCAUCUGGACAUUUCAAAACAAUAUUCCUGGUCGAAAUGUUGUGUGCGUUUGUUUACAAGAAGUCAUCUGCAGUUUGCUCAUAGUAUUUUAUUAAAUGUUGGUUAGUGAUAGUCACCUACCUGACAUGCUUCUUUUUUUUUAUUUCCACAACCUUCACAAUGAGCAGUUGCCGAUGAAAAAUUUAGUUCAUCUGACGGUUCAUGCACAAGAUGCUGUUCAAAGCACGUUUCAGUAUGUGAACUGCAUUUGUAAUUCAAACCCACUCGACUGUCAAUAGCCUUUGAAAGAAACAUUUUGCAUGUGCCUUUCGGUUCAAAUUGGUUGUACAUAAACUUCCAUCUCGUUCUGGAUUAUUCACUGUUGUACAAGUGAACAUGUAUGAUUGUCAUUGUAUAAUAUACUAUUAUAGUAUACUGUA